AUGUCGGCCGAUUUCAUAGCAGGCUACAUUAGCGGCGCGGCUGGAAUCCUCAUCGGCAACCCCUUGGAUAUAAUCAAAGUACGUUUACAAGCCGGCAGCUCCUCUGUCGCAAGUGCUUCUGUCACAGGCGCCUCUUCUCCCUCAACAUACGCUUCGCAAUUCUCCUCGGCCGGAACCCUCAUUCGCGGAGCCACUGCGCCCAUCCUUGGAUACGGAGCUUUGAACGCCUUGCUAUUUGUAACUUACAAUCGCACCUCGGACCUCCUCAAUACAAACAAGCAGACUGGAGGGACGCCGAAUCUCUGGACAACCUGGAUAGCAGGAGCAGUCGGCGGGCUCGCAACAUGGGCCGUCAGCACCCCCACGGAACUCAUAAAAUGCCGAGCUCAGGUCUCUUCAUCGGCGACAGCAGCAUCUAGCUUGCGAAUCGCCAAAGAUAUUCUGCGGACAGAAGGGAUUCGCGGCCUGUAUUUUGGCGGCGUUGUCACAGCGUUGAGAGAUAGCGUCGGCUAUGGCUUUUAUUUCUGGUCCUAUGAAAUUAGCACACGGUUCAUGAUGUCUCGAAUGGAUCAAGAUGCAGCAACGACGGGCAACGGUCAGAAAGAAGCAGCAAAGGUCCUCUUAUGUGGUGGGUUAGCGGGUAUUGUCACAUGGGCCAGCAUCUUCCCCCUCGAUGUUAUAAAGACGCGUGUACAAACCCAAAUCCUCGGACCGGGUGACGGUGGAGAGCGGACGUCUCUGCUUGGGCAGAGACGAUUAGGCGCUAUGGAAGUUGCGCGGAAUGCAUAUAGAACAGAAGGCGUGAAUGUGUUUUUCAAGGGCCUGGCGAUUUGUAGUGUCAGGGCUUUCAUUGUGAAUGCCGCGCAAUGGGCUGUAUAUGAGUGGAUUAUGCGGGAGCUUGAUCCUGUGAGAAAGAGUAAGAGCGAGAGCAUAGGUAUACCCACAUAG